AGAUUAAACUUUUCUAUGAAACUCAAAAACUCAAAUCGUUUACCUCGUGUUUUUACUUUUUAUUAUUCUUUUAUACUAUCAUUAUACUUUACCGUUCAACUAUACCUCUAUACUACUUUCUUUAACCACACACAAGAUAAAAAAAGAAAAAUUUUCAUCACAUUACGCGUCAAACACUAA